ACUCUGAAGUAAACAGAGAGUGCUUUUGGGGGGCCUCCGUUUCAACCCGAAUAGCGAUUUUUAGAUUAUGAAAUGAAUACGUGAAAGUUGAAGGGAAGAGAAAGUGGAACGUUGAGCUUGCUUUUGAGUUAAUGAGACUUGGUACCUGGCAUGGCUAAUUGGCUAAGAAAGCAAGUUUCCAGCACUUAAACCCAUAUGGAUCGGAAGCUUCAUAGUUUAUGUGCUUGCUCAACCGCUUUGCUAGUGCAAAAAUACAUCCAUGUCGGUUGGAUCAGUCGCCGAGUGUAUACCCACUGUUGGGAAGUGUAUGUCCAUGCCUUCUCGAUUUAGUUUACCCUGAUUGCGGAGGGCUGUCUUUGAGUUGGCCUUUUUGCUAUUCGAAGUGACCUAUUGCAGUUCUAUAAGUACGCAAGUAAUCUUGGCUGUGUUCAUCUUUGAUCACUUCGUUCUGCUGUAGUAAUCUAUUUGGCCAAUGACCACAGUUGGUCAUCGUCCUUUCAUGAUGCUUGGUUUUACUUUUUUUGACAUGACUGGUAAAGAGGACGGAAUUUCACCAUAGGACAGCACACGUUAUUAUCAUCUUGGAUGCAAUUCUGAAGUAUAAAGCUCACAUACAUAUGGCCAGUAACAAGAUCUGUUGGGAGGAUAUGACAAGUCUCUUGCCAUGCCAUCAUUGUAAUUGGUCUCAGAGGAUCCCAGAGUUCUCUUUUAAAGGAAAAUGCAAGAAGGUUCCGCGUUUAGGGUAUUCUGGCUCAUAUUUUUCCCCAAAUGGAAGCAUGUUUUUCCUUGCUCAACAGCCUUCAGUAGAACCCAGUCCAUGCUCGAGAAGACAUGGGCCAGUCUAUUCCAGUUCAGUGGGUGAUGGGAUGGACUCAGAGAACUCUGAAGAUGAACCUAACGGUGAAAGUUCUACCAAUGAUGACCAAGGAGAGGUAAGUGAUGAAUCGCUCAGAGAGGAGCUUGAAAGGAUUGUUGGCAUGGAUGAUUCCACCUUUAGCGGCAUAGAUCUUGCCACACUUAUUAGAAACAAAUAUGGGAGGUCAUACGACAUUCAGCUUAUAAAGAAGGAAUUUAUGGGAAGAAAUCUUCUGGCACUCAAUGUCAUGUGGAAGUACCUUGAACAGAGAUCCUUUCCGCUAACUGAAGAGGAGUAUAUACUGAGGCUCGAUGACGUGGCGAACACAUUAAGAUGCUGGGGAGCUGUCUCACACAUUAGAAACAGCCUAGCAAAGUCAAAAGAGCGUCCAAGAAUAGGAAAGGCAGUUAGCAUUUUCAUAGAUAUGGACGAGUCUGGUGGCCGUGCCAAUGAAUGGAUAUACAAGUAGGUUGUAAUUGAGUAGUGCAAUCAGUCGAAGAGAAGAGGAAAUAGAUUGUGAUGGGGAAGUAAGGAUUUAUCACCAUGGUCAAUGUGCCCCAACAUAUGAGAAGACACGAGGCCUUUCAAUGCGGAGCAGGGCAUACCCUUUUGUUGUUUUGAUGUGCAUAAUGCUCUGUUCAGGUGGUAUUUCUGUAGGUAGUCUCUCGUGGACGACAAUGGCUUCCAAUUGUCCCGUCUCUCUCUCUCUCGUGCGCGUGCACACGUAUUCUUUUGUUCACUUGUCAUAAAUGCACAUACAUACCUGACACUACUUUUGGAUUGUAGCUAGUUGUUUGUUUACUUUGAGGUUCAUUUUGACAAAUGGUAACUAUAAGAUGGUGAGUCCCAUAUUAGUUGAGACUAGUCUGCUUGCAUUCUGAGUUGUUUUACACUACCAUAUCGAAAGGCGCAAGUUCUAUUAAGCAUAGAGGACACGUCUUCAGAAUUUCGGAAGGCGUAUUUCGAUUUCCUAUUUAAAGGGCCAAAUUUCAGCACAUUAUCAGUGCAAAACAUGAGCUUGUGCGGAAGGCUAGCCAACGCGACAGUUCUCAACUCUUCAAAUCUAACAAUAGAGAGACAACAUUGCGCUGAUCUAGCUUUGCAAUGCCGAUACCGUUGCAGAAUACCAAAUUAGGGCCUGUUUUGUAGCUUGUCUACUUUGGUGACAGAAUCUACGAUACCUUCGGUUCCUUCUGUGCGGCCGAGGUAUACCGAGAAAUCAAGAAAGUUACCGUGCCUCUUUCAGUUGAUCUUAUGCAACAGUACGGAUAUUAGGGCAAUAUAAUAUUGUGUGGCUGCAAUUGAUUAAUCCCAAUUUCAGAAGAUUUGCCGAGAAUUUUCAGAUUGCUUCCCAAGGCCUUAGGGUAUACGAUGUUGGAUUGGGCGCAGGCAAGCCCCUUCACCAGGCUGCAUUAAGGCUUAACUCCAAUACGGCAUAGCCAAUACAUAAAACUUUGCACUCGGGAGGUUACUUGGGAAAGGAGUGACUCGACCUCGCCUGCUUGGGCUAAGCACAGUGCUGCUAAAUCACCAGCAGAUGGUGAAGCCUGAGGUAGCGAUAAUGGCAAUGAAGAUGCCUGCCGCUCUCCCUGAUCAUGCCUCAGAAAGCCUUCAAGGGGAGAUCCAAAGGGAGAUCAUAGAAAGAACUAUCAAUCGAAAUUUAUUCAAUUCCUGUAGUCCUACAUACGACGAAAAGAGUUGGACUUUACCACCUACCCAAAGCGACUGUGACAACGAGAAUUCUAGAGAGUACUAGAUUGUUUCAAAGACAAAUUCCCGAAAUCCAAAACCAAAAGUAACUAACGAACUGCUUAUUGUUCCAGCCAUUCCCUAAACCUUAAACCACCUCUAUUUUGACAUGUACAGCAUCAACUAUCCAAUAAAAAAGAAGGAAAAAAAAAACGACUCUGCACAAACUGAAGCAAUGGAGUUACUAAUGACAUCUAUCAAUUUGGGAAAGACGGCUCCACUUA